AUCACGCUCAGACAUUUUUUAUUUUCUUCUUCUUCCACCUUUCUUUCUCUCCCUUCUUCCAUGGACGGCUCUCUCGCUGCGGGAUCCCGCUCGGUGUCGUCAAACCUGCAGGAUUGUCUGUAACCACACCCGGCUCUUCUGGCAGCAAAGACCCGAGGGUUCUCCAUCAAGGCCCAAAUGCCCAGCCCAGUCUGAGGCUGCUGGUUGAGGGGGGGAAGCAGUGAGGACAGCGUCCCUGGUCCACAGACGGGAUGAGCGUUGGAGCGGAGCAAGUAGACAUCCUAAGCGUGCUCUCCCUGGUCAAGGAACGAUGGAAAGUGGUGAAGAAGAUCGGGGGCGGCGGCUUCGGGGAGAUCUACGAGGCGGUGGACCUGCUGACGCGGGUCAGCGUGGCGCUGAAGGUGGAGUCGGCCCAGCAGCCCAAACAGGUGCUCAAGAUGGAGGUCGCCGUGCUCAAGAAGCUCCAGGGUAAAGACCACGUGUGUCGCUUUGUGGGAUGUGGCCGCAACGACCGCUUUAACUACGUGGUGAUGGAGCUUCAGGGUCGUAACCUUGCCGACCUGAGGAGGAGUAUGACCCGGGGAACCUUCAGCAUCAGCACCACCCUGCGUCUGGGGCGGCAGAUCCUGGAGGCCAUAGAGAGCAUCCACUCUGUGGGCUUCCUGCACCGUGACAUCAAACCGUCCAAUUUCGCAAUGGGCCGCUUCCCGAGCACCUGUCGAACCUGCUACAUGCUGGACUUUGGUUUGGCUCGUCAGUUCACCAACUCUUGCCAGGAGGUCCGACCUCCCCGGCCAGUAGCAGGGUUCAGGGGAACGGUCCGCUACGCAUCUGUCAAUGCACACAAGAAUAAGGAGAUGGGCCGUCAUGAUGACCUGUGGUCGCUCUUCUACAUGCUGGUGGAGUUUCUGGUCGGUCAGUUGCCGUGGAGGAAGAUCAAGGACAAAGAACAUGUGGGGAAGCUGAAGGAUACUUAUGACCACCGUCUGAUGCUCAAACACCUGCCGGCAGAGUUCGGCGUGUUCCUGGAGCACAUCGCCAGCCUCGACUACUUCACUAAGCCGGACUACCAGCUGCUGAUGUCAGUGUUUGACAACAGCAUGAAAACCUACAACGUUGUGGAGAACGACCCUUAUGACUGGGAGCGGACCAGCUCAGAUGGCACUCUGACAAUCAUUGCCGUUGCCACAACGCCGCAACAUCACACCCGCCUCACUCCGGCACACAUGGGAAUGGCAAAUGCCUCCCUGAUACCUGGAGACCUAAUGAGGGAAAACACGGACGAGGUUCUGCAGGACGAGCAGCUCAGCGACGUGGAGAACAAUCCGGCUCCGGAGCGCCUGCCGGGCUCUCCCCUCCACCCGCACCGCAACCAGGAGGCUGAUGUCUGGGAGGAGCUGGACCGCAACCGUAACCGCAUCAGGAGCGCAGUCUGGAAGGCGGAGGAGGAACACAGCAACAACCAGGGCAACCAUGGACACCAGAGCCCCUAUGCUGGUCCAAGCCUGGGUUCUCCAGUCAAACUGCAAUGUGAUGUGGUGGCUUCGGACCGCGACGGCCCCCUGCUGAGGAAGCUCCGCAACAUCCACAGUUUUGAGCUGGAGAGGAGGCUCACUCUGGAGGCCAAGCCCAGUCCAGAGCGCUUCCUGGAGGCCUGCUCGGGGAAGCAGCAGCUUGGCUCCCAGCACCAGGAGAGGGAGGCUGACGGUGCUGCAGUCGUCCCAGGAACUAAGGGUCAGGCUGAACCUGCCGGGGAGCGUCCUGAUAGGGUCUGGCACUAUGAUGAGGAGUUCAUGUCUGGUGGUGGUUCUCCUAAGCCAGCAUCCUGUGGAUCUCUGGAGCAGGGGGAGGGGGCAGCCAACAGCGGGGGCUUUGUGGCCCUCAAUCUGAGCUCUGGGAGGCAUGACAUUGACUCAAGGGACUGGGUAAUGGUGGAGCGGCCCGUUGGCUCUCCAGGAGCCAAGGUGACCACCAGCCCCUCGGAGGAGGAUGAGGAGCCAGAGGUGCUCCAGCCAGGGGAUCAGUCUCCUGGAUGGGAAAGGGGCAACCCGAGCCCUCACUCUGGCAAAGCUAAACAAGAAAGCAUGGCUUCCUCCAAGGGAAGUGCAAAAGUGGACAAGUUGGAGCUUAGCGUGGGUCCUGUAGGGGCUCUGCCGCCCGUCACUCCAACCAGCCCAGCUGAAGCUCUGGCUGAGGGAGUCCUCACUCAGCUCCCCACCUCUCCUCCAUCCCUGCCUGAGGAGGUCGCGAUCCGGACGUGCAGCCCCAUCCCGCUGCGCUCUCCCAGCCCUCACACACUCCUGACCACCCUGUCGGACCCGUUGCACCUGCGCCAUCCGCCGGGCAUCAGGCGCAGCCACUCCGUUGACCCGCAGCACCAGGAGCGCCCCUCCUCAUCCUCCUCCUGCCACGCCUCCCUACCACUGCCACCAAACCCCGCCCCCGGCACCCGCUCACCCAGUCGCAGGAAACUGCCGGCCAUCCCGGCGGGCGCUGCCAACGCCAAGUUUCCCUCUGUCAUACGCAUCACUCGUGCCCAGCUUCAGCAGUUGACAGCUCAGCGUCCCUCGGGGCUCUCCUCCCAGUCAGGAUCAGACAGUGCGCCACAGUGCCUCCUGCUGGAGAGGCGUGGUGAGGCUGACGCUGAGGCUCAGCAGGUCCAGGAGCACACAGCGGACAUCUGCUCCCCCCAGGACCAUGUGCUCACCCAUCCAGGGACACCCACAGACCCCCUGGCUGAGAUACUGUCCAAUGGCGACAUCCACACCAAAGCUCAAAGCCCUGCUCCAAACCGUGUGUCUUCCCCUCGCUCCCCACGCUCUCCUCACUCCCCUCCUCUGCGCUCGCCCUCCUCUCCACGCUCUCCACACUCUCCACACUCUCCACACUCUCCACACUCUCCUCGCUCUCCUUGCAGCCCUGUGUUUGCCAAUGGCCACCUCUCCCCUCCUGUUAACAGCCAUAGGGAUUCAAGUAAUGGAGCAUUCCCCAGGCUGAAAGACCCUGAGAAAGAUUCUGGCCCUCAGCUAAGGGGGGAGGUUAGUAGAGAAGUGAACCAUGCACCAGAUCAGAACAGGGGGCCGGUCUCCUCCCCGGUUUCCCACCGUAAGGACCCAAGCCGGAGGCUGAGUCGCAUCCCAGUCCUGGAGCCCUCCAGCCUGCUGGAGCUCCCUCCUGCAGGGUCUGCUAAGGAGAAACUCCUGCAGAAGAAAGCUAACCACCAGGGUCCGGUCCCGUCUCCCACUGCCUCGCCAUCGCUCUCCGAUAGGCGUGGCCCAAUGGUGGCGUCCCUUGCUAGGGACCCGCUGUCCUCCACCUCUGACCGCUCUCAGGACGAGGACUCACUCAUGGGCUCCCGUUCUGACCGCCAGGGAGACGAUGGUCCUUCCCUCUCCUCCUCCUCCAGCCCUCUGUCCCGCAAGAGCAGGAUCCCCCGUCCCGUUCAUUCAGCUUCCUCUGCUGAGCAGCUGGCCGCCCAAUUCCUGCCGCGCCCGCCGCCUGGAAAGCCACCUGGCCGCCCCACAGCGGAGGGCAGACUCAGGCGUUACCGCAUCCGAGCCGGCAGCAACAGUGACUCCGACCUCCUGUCAUGCCUUGCUCAGCUGAUGCAUGGUUCCCGCGGCUCCCCACUUCACCAUCGCUCCUCGGCCCAGCACGGCGGCUCCAGGAUGGGCAUCUGCAGCCUGACCAGCUCUCCGCACCACCACCGCAGCUCUAGCGCCUCCCCGCGCAGCUCCUCCUCCCUGCAGCGCUCCGUCAGCUCCUCGCCCUCCCGCCAUGAGCACCGUGGCGGCGGGGGGAGGGGGCUGCUUGGGCCGCAGCCGCCGCCUCCCAGCUUCUCGGGCUCGCCGCCUCCCCGCCGCUUCUACACUCACCACCAGGAGACAUGCUGCAGCCGCCAGGCUCGCGUCGGCCCCUUCCACCUGUCCAAGGGAAAAGGCUGUAGCCGAGAGGGCAAGUGCUCCAGCAAGCUGAGCAGAUAGUUGCCCUCCAUGUUGCGCGGCCACAACAGAGGAUUGGAAGACUCUUCUUAUGAUAGGGUAGACUGCAAUGUCCUUUAUGUAUAAGUUUACCCCUUUUUCGCUGUCAGUCUGAACUUUACACUCGUCUCGUUGUUUCCCACUGUUCCUGUCACUACUUUAUUUGCACACAGGUUCAUUCAUUUAUGUGCCCGUCUUUAAAGGGGCACUUUGAUGAUUUAGUCAAGCACUUCUAAAAAGUUAGUGGCCUGAAAGAUAGAUUUGAAAUAAAAUGAACAAAAUCUGUGCGGCAGAAACUGAGAUAU